AUGGCUCUUCCUCACAUAAAACCGAAGGAGUCUAAGGAAAGUAACCUGGUAAUCUUGUCCAAGAUUCACGUAUCAAAAAACUGGAAACUGCCCCCAAGGUUGCCCCAGAGGACAAGUCAGCGAAGAAAUAGGCCCCAUCGACUUCGCGAGGAGUACGACAUUGAGGAUAACGACGAAGAGCUGCAAAAGAAAAAGCGGCAGAACAGAGAUGCUCAAAGAGCCUAUAGAGAGCGAAAAAACAAUAAGUUGCUAGUGCUCGAGGAAACGAUAGAAUCACUAAGUAAGAUCAUCAAAAACUACGAAACAAAGCUAAUUCACCUGCAAAAUGACCUUCAAGAGAAAGAGUCGGAAAAUCACGCGCUAAGACUAAAGUUGGACGCUCUCACUCAGAAGCAGCCUUCUGUGCCUGCCCAAGAUCCUAUCCUGCAGAACUUGAUCGAGAAUUUCAAGCCUAUGAAGGCAAUACCCAUAAAGUAUAAUAAUAAUAAUACGGCUAUAAAACACCACCAUCACUCGAGCGAGUUGCCCAACUCCGCCAAAUGCGGUUUUUGUAACGACUACACUACAUGCGUCUGCCAGGAAUUGGAAGCGGACUCCGGUAAAAUUGUCGACGAUGCCUCCAGCGUACAGAAGGAUAUGCCGCCACCACACUCACAGUGCAAUAACAAAGAUAGCUCCGGUGGGCUUUGUAGUAACUGUACCAAUAUUGAUAAAUCUUGUAUCGAUAUCCGGUCCAUCAUUCACUGA